GGUUAAGUACUUAUCGAAUCAAUGACUACUUGCCCUUGUUGAGGAUGUAGUUGUAUUAAUAGUAAACCAGUGCUUUGCCUAUUUUCGUGCACAGUUUAAGCAAAGUCUGCAAGAUGUGCAGUUUAUAUAAGAACAUUUAAUUACAUAUAACACAUAAAAAACAGUAGCCUACAUGUCUACAAACGUUUACCACUCUUUUAUGAUGUUAGAGAUUGUAAGCUAUUGGCUGCAAAAUACUACAAUGGCCCAAAAUGCAUCAAUGCAAUAUGAACGUCCCUCCUACUCAAUAUUUAAUCUUUUGGCCUUCUUAAGGGUGUGGAGGUAAUUUUAAAAAUGGUUAAAGCUGAUAAGUUAGUUCGACCUUACCCACCCCUAACUGCACAGCCAAGAUGUUUAUUUGCUGUUAACAAGGUACUGUAACUGUUUAUUAAAUGUAAUGUCCCAAUGGAUUCAGAGAAAAACGACUUUAUGACUUUAAUUGCCAAGGUUAUUGCUGAAGCCUCGGACUCUGACAAUAACCAUGAAGUGUUGCUGGCGGGUAGACCGUACACAUCUAUCCAAGAAUUUGCGUCUGCCAUUCCUAACCACCUGCUGUUGGGAUCUCUGUUGGAACACUUGUGCUUUAUUUACGAGAGUGACACCACGCGAUCACGCAUGCUGUUCAAGGUGAUUGGCCAGCGUUUAGCAGCCAUGAACCUUCUUUCUCCAUUGGCUAUCAGUGAUGAGUUCAGCACAGUACGACUGCAGCAUAACCGUGCAUUUACAGAGCUCCUGCAUGCAACAAGUUCUUCACUCUUUGCCCAGGACCAUAGAUACUUGAGCGCAGAAGGCCAAAGUCUAAGAACCAAAGAGGCUCUUUUCCAAGCACAAACAUCCCGCUACCUUAGCGAAUUUGAUGAAACCGAGGCGCUAGGUAAAGGAUCCUAUGGCAAAGUGUUUAAGGUUGCGAACAAGCUGGAUGGUCAGGACUAUGCUGUGAAAAAAAUCCUCAUUAAAAAAGUAACAAGAGAUGACUGCAUGAAGGUUCUUAGAGAGGUUAAAGUCCUCUCCAGCCUCCAGCAUCCUAAUAUUGUUGGAUAUCACACUGCCUGGAUGGAGCAUGUUCAGCCUGCUGGGGAAAAUCCCAAAUCCCUUAUUUCACAAGCAUUUCCUGCCUUGAAGGAACCUUCACAGAAAGAUGGGAACACCCAAGAAGGCACUGACAGCAGUAGUGGAUCGUCCAUUGUUUUUGAACAUUCUGGCCAACCAGAAGCCAAAGAAAAUCAAGUUACACUAGAGAGCUUCUCAGUCAAGCCCUCAACAUCCAAAGACGAGGUGGAUCGUGCUUUGUGUCCAAAAAACAAACGAAACCCACAGAACUUUGUUCCAUGUGUGUUCCUGGGAAAACCUCGCACUACUGUGAACAAAUGUCCUGCAGCUACGUGGGACAACUCGGCGAUCUCAGAAGAUGGCCUUAGUCAAAACAGACUGGAGUUCAACAAUAACUCGUACAUUGAUGUAGAAAGUCCUGAAUUGUCCGAAAAGCAGACAAAUGAGGUUCAGUUCCACUUAAUGCUUUACAUACAAAUGCAGUUAUGCGAGCGAUCUUUAAAAGACUGGAUACAAGACCGAAACUUAAGAACCAUGGAGCAACUCCCAGUUUCCGAAGACGCCUGUGAGUCCGUUGACUGUGAACAAGGACUAAAUAUUUUAAAGAAAAUACUUGAAGGAGUGGAGUACAUUCAUUCCCGUGGAAUAAUGCAUAGGGACCUUAAGCCUAGAAACAUUUUCCUCCAUGGAUCUGACUGUCAUGUGAAGAUAGGAGACUUUGGACUGGCGUGCCAAAACUUUGUAAUGGAGGAACUUGAGCAGCUACCCUCCAACUCUCAAACAGGUGUAAACACAGACUCUGCUCACACCAGUGGUGUGGGAACAUUUGUUUAUGCUGCACCAGAACAACUUGAGGGCUCUAAUUAUGAUUCUAAGUCGGAUAUGUACAGUAUUGGAGUUAUUGCAUUAGAGUUAUUCCAGCCAUUUGGGACUGAAAUGGAGCGUGUUCACACACUGGGAGAACUGAGGCAGGGCAAAGUCCCUGAGACACUAUCCAAAAACUGGCCAUUAUUGGCCAAGUAUAUCAAACUGCUGACCAGCUCUGAUCCUUCCAUGCGACCAAGUGCAUCUCAGUUACUGCAUAGUGACCUUUUCAACGCUAAUGACAUGGUUGUACAUAGUUUAAAGCGUACGAUUGAUGAGCGAGAAGAAGAAAUUCUCCAGCUCAGGAGACUGAUCAGUGAGCUGCAGAUCUCUCAAAGUGCAAUGCAUGGUCCGGAAAAUACAUAAAAACGUUAGUACUCCGGUGCUUAAUACUUGUACAUUAACUGAAUUGUUUUUUAAAAAUGGUUGUAUGAGGUAAUGCAGUUCUGCUUGUGUGUGUGUAAAAAUGAGUGCUUUAUUUAACUUGAAUCAACUGUACAGUAAAGAUCCAUACCAA